CUCGCAACGGCCGAGAAGGGCUGACGUUGCCCGGCUGGGCUGGGCUGACUUGGCGGCUGCUGCUGCUGCUGCUGCUGCGCCCGGGCGCCCCUUUCCCGGCCCAGGAUGUGGUUCUUCGCCCGGGACCCGAUCCGGGACUUCCCUUUCGAGGCCGCCACCCCGCCGGAGCCGGCGCUGACCCAGCCCGGGGGCGUCUGGCAGCUGCACCGCGGGCGGAGGAAGACCACGGGAGAACCUGUCUCCCUUUUCGUUCACGAGGUGAAGCCGAGUUCCGAAGAGCAGAUCCAGCUUGCCAAAACAGCCUUUAGAUUCCUCAAGACCCUCCGGCACCCCAAUAUCUUAUCCUACAUUGAUGGCUUAGAGACGGAGAAGAGUUUACACGUGGUCACCGAGCCCGUGACACCGUUGCCGGCUUACCUGGAGUCGCGGGGAGACGGGAAGAGCCUGAGCGAGGCAGAAAUCUCCUGGGGUCUUCACCAGAUUGCAAAAGCCCUCAGUUUCCUGGUCAACGACUGCCACCUGGUCCAUAACAACCUCUGCCUGGGCGUGAUCUACGUGGACCGGGCCGGCGAGUGGAAACUGGGGGGCUUGGAUUACAUGUGCUCAGCCCAGGGAGACGCCGCUGUGCCCCGGAAGGGGGUCCCCGAGCUGGAGAAAUACAAUCCCCCCGAAUUAUCCGACAGCGGCAAAAACGUUGGCGAGAAAUG